AUGUCUGUUGAAGAGCCCCAGAAAGAGCGGCCAUGUGCUGAUGCUUCAAACACCUCGCUACCCCCGUCAACGCCUCCAGAGGCCCCCUUCAGCAUUUUUGACCACCGGCAAAAGUGGCUUAUUGUCACCAUCAUCUCGACCGCGGCAACAUUCUCUGGUUUCGCUUCGAACAUCUACUUUCCAGCACUUCCUACGAUUACCAAAGAUCUGAAUAUCUCACUUGAACUUGUCGACCUUACUGUUACGGCAUAUCUCAUUUUUCAAGGCCUUGCCCCAAGCCUCUGGGGCCCCAUAUCAGAUGUGAAAGGCCGCCGAGUUGCAUACUUGUUCACCUUCUUGGUUUUCACAGGAGCGUGUAUAGGGUUGGCAGAGACAAAGAAUUAUGCUACUCUAGUAGUUCUCCGUUGUCUCCAAAGCACCGGCAGUGCAAGCACAAUUGCCAUUGGCUCGGGGGUAAUUGGUGAUAUUACUACGCGCGCUGAACGUGGCGGAUUCAUGGGCAUCUUUCAAGCCGGCCUGCUGGUCCCAGUGGCCGUUGGACCCGUUAUUGGAGGCGCUAUAGCUGGUACUGUCGGUUGGAGGGCUAUCUUUUGGGUAUUGACUGCCUAUAGCGGAAUCUUUCUCAUCACGAUGCUUGUCUUACUGCCAGAGACACUUCGCUUGUUGGUCGCAAAUGGCAGUCGAAUCCCUGAUGUCAUGGCAAAAUACCCAUUGAUUAUCUAUCAAAAGCUCACCAAGGUCGUAUGGGACCCGAAAGUGGUACCUCCCCAAGCUCCAAAGAAACGUAUUGAUCUCACAGGGCCAUUUCGCAUUCUCGUGAGCAAGCAUUCGGCCCCCAUCAUCGUCUUCCUUGCCAUAUACUAUGCUGUGUGGCAGAUGAGUAUCACUGCAAUGUCAUCAUUAUUCGAACAAAAGUAUGGACUUAGCGAGAUUCAAAUCGGCCUGACCUUUAUCGCCAAUGGCGUUGGUUCAAUGGUUGGGACAUUAAUCACUGGCAGACUUCUUGACCUUGAUUACCACAAAGUCAAGGCUGCGUUUGAGGCGCAAGUCGACCCCGAGGGUAGCAACAAUGCGUUGGGAGAGAACGAUUUCCCACUCGAAAAGGCGCGUCUUCGGCUGGUCCCGAUCUUCGCAUGUCUUCAGUGCUUGUCAUUGAUCCUUUUCGGCUGGACAAUCCAGUACACAGUACAUAUCUCCGUUCCUAUCAUCUCGACAUGCAUCACCGGAUGGACGGUUGUGUCUAUGCAGUCUGUCAUCAUGACCUAUCUCGUGGAUAUAUUCCAUGAGAAAAGUGCCGCGGCCAGUGCCAGCAUUAACCUCGCCCGAUGCUUGUUUGCUGCGGGUGGUACUAGCUUUGUGAUGCCCCUGAUCAAUGCUGUUGGGGCUGGUGUGACCUUUACGAUCUGCGCUGCUGUACAAUUUGCGUCGCUGGUUGGCCCUCUGAUACAAUGGAGAUUUGCUGCUUCGUGGAGGAAAGCAGAAGAGGAGAAGAAGAAACAACAAAAUCAAACUUAA